AUGUCUUCAUCGAAACGAAAAAUGCUUGAUAUAUCCGUUGUACCUCAGAAAUUAAAUCAAUUUCGUGGAUCUAAUCAAGGUACAUACGAAACUAGUGAUGCUAAAGCAUAUGCGGAAUAUGUAGCACAAGAUACUGAUGGAGGAUUAUCACGCCUAGUAACUGAUAAACAUCUGGCUCGUACUCUAGCACGUAAUGAGCGUCGUGAGGAUUUACCUAUGCAUCUUAGAUCAUUAGAAAGAUGGCAACAAGAAAAUCCAAGAAAAAUGGGUGGAAGAAUAGAACAUGAAAAUAUACCAGCACAAUCAUCACCACGAGAUGAGAGAACAUCACAAAUUGUUUGGAUAAAAUUUGAAGCUGAAAAAAAUUCACGUGAUGCUGCUUAUCAAUUAAUUCGACUUCGUAGAAAACUUGGUCUUCCAAUACAAUUACCUAUUUAUGGGCCCGGAGGAAAACGAAUACUUGAACAACAUCUUGCUAAUGCUAGAAAUGAACAAUCACCAAAUUCAGAUAAAAGUGGAAUAUUCUAUUAUUGUUUAUUAGCUGCUCGAAAUAAAUAUUCUGCACCUUAUAAUCCAUAUGAUUUAGAAAUCCAAACCAAUGAAAUUGAAGUUAUAACUCUACCCUAUUUCUGGACAGUUUCUGCUUUCAAUAUAACUUAUGUUAAUACAUUAGAUUCAUCUCAGACAACAAUCACUCCUGCUUUAGUUUGGUUAUGGGAACGAUAUCAAUAUAAUUAUUUAACUACUCAAUUAUCAUGUUUCUCAAAUUUUCGAAAAUGGCGAGCAUUUCGUUGUUGGUGGUCUAAUGUUCAAGCUGAAAAACGCGAACGAACACUUUCUAUUCAUAAUCGAAAACUUUUUUAUGCGAAUGAAAUUUUUCAAGGUGUUCUUAUUCAUGUUAAAGCAAUGUGUGAAGUUUAUUAUUAUGGACAAACAGAUCGUAUUAAACCAUUUUGUUUACUUGAUCGUCAUGUAUAUCAACAAACAUCAACUCUCGAAGAAUUUAGUCGACGACAUUUUGCACAAAUGAACGUAACAUCAAUUAAAUUAAGAGAAUUUAUUGAUCAAAUUGCAAUUCUAGCAGUUCAUGCUUGUGAAAAAGCUGUUGAAUUAGAAGGAAUAUCUGUCGAAGCUUUAGCAGAUCCAAGUCUUUAUCAACAACCAGUAGAAUUCGAUGACGAUGAACAAAUAUCACAAUUUGAUACACAACAAAGUCGAACAUCGAUAAAAACAAAAGCUAAACUAAAUAUUGGCCCAAGUUUUGCUGAACGUAAACGUUGGCGUGAUACAUUAAUACGUAUAUCAGAUUUUUUACGUUUACUUGAUUAUAUUAUACUUGAAUUUCUUCGUCAAUUUCCAUCAGAAUCACGUGCAUCGUUUCAUACAGAUCCAACAACUGAAGCAUCAAAUAAUAAAGAACAAAAUUAUGGAAUACAAACAGUAUUACGAAGUGAAAAUCUUGAAAAAGAUGAUUUAUAUUCAACAAUCGAACCAAAUGAUAUUCUUGAUUUACCUCGGCUUGAAAAUACUGCUAAUCGAAUACCUCCACCAAUGUUUGAAAUAAAUCUAUUAUUAAAAUUUUUUCAAUUACCACGACAUAAUACAUCAGAUCUUGACGAUGAAGCAUCGUCUGACAGUUUUUCUGAAAGUAAAGAUAGAGUAACAUAUGAAAUAAGUCCAAAUGAAUAUGAUUUUAAAAAUGCAACGCGUGAUAUUAUCAAUGGACUAGAAAAAUGUGUUGGUCAAGUGCCUAGUCUUCGUGAUCAUCCAACAUUGAAUUUAUUUUGUACAUUUCCAAAUUUUGAUGCAUCAAAUCCAUUGAGUCGAACACCUAUUCAUGUAUCGAAAGCUCAUUGGCCAGAUGUUCUUUUUCUUUUUGGAGAUGAUUCUGAUCAUCAAGAAGUUGUUAUUGAUAUAUUAAGUACAGUCAAUCAAGCUUUAGCAAAUGUUCAAAGUUUUAUUAAACGAUAUCAAAAACAUUGUGAUAUGGUACUUAGUUGUACGCAAUUAAAAAUUGAAGAAAAAUUAAAACAAAAAGAAUUAACUACAGAUGAUAUACAUUUUCUAAUGACUAAACAUACUCACCAAUUAUUGAAAAUGGAACAAAUGAUUGUUCAACAACGUGUUGGACUUAUUCUUGUUAAAGCCGAUCAAUUUUAUAAUGCAACAAUACCUUAUCCAAAACAUAUUAUUAAUACGAUUGGAGAAUAUUUACCACCGGUUGCAGUUGAAAAAAAUGAACGAAUGCAAAGAACAAUUCGAGAUGUACUUAAAUUAUUGGAUCGUGAUCCAAGAUCAGUUGAAGAUUUUGUUCAACAUUUAGCAACAUUAAAUACAGUUAAUUCGGAUUUAACAAAAUUAGAUAAUGAAUUUCAAAUUAUAUCAAAAAUGUUCGAUACAAUUAAAGAUUUUUCUAUGAAUAUUGCACCAGAAGAUUAUUCAUUAUUUCGAUCUUUAGCACCUAUUUAUCAACAAUUAAAAUCAAGUUUACUUUAUACCGAAGCUCAAUGUGAUGAAAAUGUACAAAAAUUUACUAUUGAACUUGAUGAAAUGAUUCAACGUUUACAUACUCAAAUAAUUGAAUUAAAAACUAAAUCAAAAGAUUCAUCUUUAUUAGCAAGUGAUACACGUCCUGAAACAGCAUUAGAGAUUAUUUUAAUUUUACAAGAAUCAUUAGCACAAUUAAAUGAAAAAGCAAAAAAUUAUACAACAUUUCAAGAACGUUUUAAUCAAAUUAGUAAAAAUUCAACAAAAAAACGUAUCUUAGGUGAUUAUCAAAUAACGAAUAAAUAUCGUCGUCAAGAUGUUACAAUUAAUCUUCCUUCGAUAUAUACUGAAUUAACUGAUAUUGAACAAGAUAUUAAUUUACGUAAACUUUUAUGGGAAUCACAACAAAAUUGGACGAAACUUUAUCGUGAAUGGACAAAUACUGUUCUUGAUGCUAUUGAUAUAGAUCUUUUACAAAAAGAAGUUAGUAAAUUUACACAAAAUAUUUAUAUACUUGAAAAAGCAUUACCACCAAAUGAUAUCAUACCAAAAUUAAAAGAACGUCUUAUAGAAUUUAAAGCAUCAAUGCCUAUUAUUUUAGCAUUACGUAAUCCAAAUAUGAAAAAAAGACAUUUUGAUCGUUUACGUGUAUUAAUUGGAAAAGAUAUUAUUGAUGAUGAAUAUUUAAAAUUAAAUAAAUUACUUCGACCUGAUAUUUUACAAUUAAUAGAUAAAAUAACGGAUGUUUCAUCAUUAGCAUCAAAUGAAGCAGCAUUAGAAACAAUGUUAAAUAAAAUUAUUGAAAGAUGGAGAUUAUUAGAUUUUCGUUUAUUACCUCAUGCAGGUAAAGAUACAUUUAUUAUUGUUGGAUAUGAAGAUAUAUUACAACAAUUAGAAGAAAGUCAAAUCACAAUGUCUACAAUAAAAUCAUCAAAAUAUAUCAAUCCAAUUCGACAAUUAGUUGAUGAAUGGGAUAAACGUUUAACAUUAUUAUCAAAAACAAUUGAUGAAUGGAUAACAUGUCAACGACGUUGGCUUUAUUUAGAACAAAUAUUUUCUACACCUGAUAUUCAAUUAACACAAGAAACAAAGAUUUUCUCACAAGUUGAUAAACAAUGGAAAGAAUUAAUGCGUCGAACUGAACAAUUACCAAAUGCACUUAAAUCAGCAACACAACCAGGAACAUUAGAAUUAUUACAAACAAAUAAUUUACAAAUGGAAAAAAUUCAACGGGCACUUGAGGAUUAUUUGGAAACAAAACGAUUAGCUUUUCCUCGUCUGUUCUUUCUUAGUAAUGAAGAUCUAUUAGAUAUUCUAUCACAUGCAAAUGAUGCAAAUUGUGUUCAACCACAUUUACGUAAAUGUUUUGCGAAUAUUUUUUAUUUACGGAUCGUUAAAUCACCAGUAGAAGUUGUUACAAGUAUGCAAUCUGUCGAAGGUGAAGUUGUAAAUUUUACAAAAUCAAUACGACCAAGAGGUGUAGUUGAACAAUGGUUAACUCAAGUUGAACAAGCAAUGUAUGACGCCGUUAAAGUUCAUUUAAAAGUAGGUUUAGCUGAUAUAAAAAAUACAGAUUUUAUUGAAUGGAUUCUUAAACAUCCUAGUCAAAUUGUUUUAACUAUUUCUCAAGUAAUGUAUACACAACAAGUAAAUCAAACAUUCGAUUCUCCGUCUACACAAAUUGAGAACACACUUAUUCGAACACGUGAUCAAAUGAUUACAACAAUAAAAAAUGUAUGCGCAUUAGUAUUUACACAAAUUGAACAGACAAAAUUACUGACUGUUGAAGCUUUAUUAACAUUACAAGUUCAUUGGCGUGAUAUAUUUGAAAUACUUAUUAAACAACACAUUCGAGAUAAAAAUGAUUUUGAAUGGCAAAAACAUCUUCGAUAUGAAUGGAAUGAUACAGAAACAAAUUUUCAACUUCUACAAGGUGAUGCUUCAUUUCCUUAUGGUUAUGAAUAUCUUGGAUGUUGUACUCGAUUAGUUGUUACACCACUUACUGAUAGAUGUUAUUUAACAUUAACUGGUGCGAUUAAACUUAAUUUAGGUGGAGCACCAUCAGGUCCUGCUGGAACAGGAAAAACAGAAACAGUUAAAGAUUUAUCAAAAUCAUUUGGAAAACUUUGUUUAGUAUUUAACUGUUCUGAUGAACUUGAUCAUAAAACACUUGGAAAAAUGUUUAGUGGAUUAGUUCAAUCAGGAUCAUGGUGUUGUUUUGAUGAAUUCAAUCGUAUUGAUGUGGAAGUAUUGUCUGUUGUUGCUCAACAAUUAUUAACAAUUAAAACAGCAAAAGAUUCUCAUGCACAACGAUUUGCAUUUGAUGGUCGAGAAAUCAAAAUGAAUCCAUCAUGUGGAUUUUUUGUUACUAUGAAUCCAACUUAUUCUGGUCGUGUUGAAUUACCUGAUAAUCUUAAACCUAUGUUUCGACCUAUAGCAAUGAUGAUUCCUCAUUACUCCUUGAUUGGUGAAGUUAUUCUUUUUUCUGUUGGUUUUACAUCAGCAAAAGUUUUGGCAACUAAAAUUGUUUAUUUAUAUAAUCUAUCAAAUAGUCAAUUAUCACAACAAGAUCAUUAUGAUUUUGGUAUGCGAGCAAUUAAAGCUGUUCUUUUAACUGCCGGUGAACUUAAACGAUCACAUAUUAAAGAUCCAGAACUUACUGAUGAACAAUCAGAAGAAAAUAUAAUGUUACAAGCAUUAACUGAAUCAAAUCUCCCGAAAUUACUUAAAGACGAUGCAACACUCUUUCUUGGUAUUCUUCGUGAUCUUUUUCCACAAUCAGAUAAAAGUUUACAUGAACAUAUAACAAUUGAACAAGCUAUACAACGUGCUAUUCGAGAUUUAAAUUAUGAAUAUUGGCCUGCACAAGCAGAUAAAGCUUUACAACUUUACAAUCAAAUUGUUCUUCGACACGGUACAAUGUUAGUUGGUGGUGCUGGUGGAGGAAAAACAACUGUACGAAAUAUUCUUCAAAGAGCAUUAACAUAUUUACCAACACUAGUCAAAGAUGAAACACAAACUAAACAAAAUCGUUUGGCUACUGUUGAUGUCAAUGUUUUAAAUCCAAAAUCUAUGCAAAUAUCUGAACUUUAUGGAGCAGUUAAUCCAGAUACAUUAGAAUUUACGGAUGGAAUGCUUGCGACUAUUAUGAGAUCAUAUUCAAAAUCGCAUGAAUCUCAAAUAAACACAGACAAGAAUGAAUCAUAUGUUGAGCAUUGGCAAUGGUUAGUUCUUGAUGGUCCAAUUGAUACAUUAUGGGUCGAAAAUUUAAAUACACUUCUUGAUGAUUCUAAAAUCCUUUGUUUGGCGAAUGGUGAACGUAUUGGAAUGUCUGGACAUACUCGAAUUUUAUUUGAAGUUGAUUCAUUAGUGAAUUCAUCACCAGCUACUGUUACUCGAUGUGCAAUGGUUUAUUUUGAUCCAAUAGAUCUUGGAUAUGUACCUUUUCUAAAUUAUUGGUAUCGAUGUAAAUUACCUGCAAUGUUUCCCGAAAGCGCUAUUAAUUUUCUUCAUGAAUUAAUGGAUUUUUCAUUGGACAAAGGUUAUUUCUAUUUUUAUUAUUAUUUUCUUUUUACUAUGAAGAAAUUAUUUGUAGGAUUUGCUUUUCUUGAUUCAUUGAAAGAUCCUUGGCAUAUGCCAGUAUCAAGAAUAAAUGUUUUACAAACAUUUUGUUCUUUAUUAUCAACAUUUUUGAAUUAUUUGGAUAAACACGGAGGCUUUGGUGAAGAUGAUCAACGAAAUGUACCAGCAGCAGCAAACAAUCCACCAAAACCACAUACGACCAAACAAUUCACUCAAGGUGAUGAAUUAGUUGUUUAUGUCAUCAAUGAUAAAAAACAAUAUUAUUUACAAAAAAAUCCGAAAAAUAUUCGACAAUGUCUUAUACGUAUUUAUAUAUUUUGUUAUGUUUGGAGUUUUGGUGGUGGAUUAAAAAGAGAAGAUAAUUUCGAAGAUGAUAAUUUAAUUAAUCAAAAAGAACAAAUUAAAGUUGAACGUGAUCCAACAACACAAGAAUUCGAUACUUUUGUUCGUGAUUUAUUUGGUGCUAAUAUUAAUUAUUCUGCUUAUUUACCACCUGACGCACGUAUGAUAUUUGAUUAUAUGAUUGAUUUAAAUACAUAUAUAUAUCAUGAAUGGGAUUCACUUGUACCAAAAACUGAACAAUUAAUUAAAAGUGAACAAUCACAUUUCGUUAUACCAACUGUCGAUAUUGUUCGAUAUUCAUUUUUAAUAACAGCAGUACUUAUACAUAAAGUACCUGUUCUUUUAACUGGUAAUAGUGGUGUCGGAAAAACUUUACUUAUCGAAGCAAUGCUUCGAUCGCUAACAUUACCUGAUGGAAAUUUCGUGCGACCAGGUACAAUUAUAGGUGAUGUUUUAGAAUUUAAUGCAGCAAGAGGUAUAACAGCAAGUAAAUUAGCACAAACAAGUGAUGUACCUCCAGAAACUACAAAAGCUGAUGCCUUACAAUCACUUAAAAUUCAAAUGAGUGCUCAAACAACACCAAAUAAAUUAGUAAAUCAAAUAACAGGCAAUUUAAUAAAAAAGAAAGGCAAUUUACUUGGUUGUCAACAAGGAAAAUGGUUAUUAAUAUUUAUAGAUGAUUUAAAUAUUCCACAAGUUGAUUCAUUUGGUGAUCAACCAACACUUGAAACAUUAAGAUAUAUUUUACAAACAGGAUCAGCUAUUGAUGCAAAAAAAAAUCAAAUACGUCCAAUAUCAGAUUUAACAUUUCUAGCUGCUUGUGAUUCACCAUCAUCAGGUCGUUUAGCACCAUCAAAACGUUUACUUCAAUCAUUUUCAAUAUUUGCAUUACCUGAUCCAGCUGCGAAACAACUCUUUCAUAUUUAUAGUGUUCGUCUUGGACGAUUUUUAAAUAGUUUAGAUUUUCCUCAAGAUGUACGUUCAUCACUUUAUCUUCUUGUUUCAGCUUGUCUUGUUAUGUAUUAUCGUGUUUCAAUUAAUAUACUUCCAACACCAUCGAAAGUACAUUAUAUAUUUAAUUUAAGAGAUUUAGCUAAACUUGCUCAAGGUAUAAUGCAAGCAUCAACAUUAACAAUAACAAAUCAAGAAGAUUUAUCAAUUCUAUUUGCUCAUGAAUGUUUACGUGUUUUUGCUGAUCGAUUAGUAACAGAAAAUGAUUUAGCGAUUUUUUAUAAACAUUUAAAUGCAACAACAAAUAGUUAUUUCAAAAUUUCAUUAGAUAUAUCAAAUUAUUCAGAAAAUCCAUUAUUAUUUUGUAAUUUCUUAAAAUCGGAUGAUCGUUUAUAUCAACAAUUAAAUGACUGGCGACAAUGUUGUCCAGUAUUUUUGGAUUAUCAAAUGAAACAAGCUUUAAGUGGACAGUCAACACUGAAAAUGGUCUUUUUUAAAGAAGCUGUUGAACAUGUUAUAAGAAUAUGUCGAGUUUUACAACAACCUGGUGGACAUCUUCUAUUAAUCGGUCUUGAUGGUACAGGCCGAAGAACAUGUUUAGAAUUAAGUGCGUUAAUUUGUGGUCAUUCAUUAUUUCAAUUGAAUAUCAAACGUGGAUAUGCAUAUACUGAAUUUCGAGAUGAUUUAAAGAUUGUAUUCAAAGCUGUUACAGUUCAAAAUCGUCCAAUGGCUUUAUUUAUACAAGAAAAAGAUUUAUUACAUGAUAGUUUUAUCGAAGAUAUAGAAAGUAUUCUUAAUUCUGGUACUGUUGUUGAUUUAUUUGAAGCUGAUGAAUUUAAUGCACUUGUGAUGGAUCUUAAAAAUGAUGCAUAUGCAGCUAAUAUGAGUGAUACACCUGCUCAACUUCAAGAAUUUUUUUAUCAACGUGUUCGAACAAAUCUUCAUAUAAUUCUUUCAUUUUCGCCUGCUGGUAGUAAAUUUCGUGAAAUAUGUCGUUUACAUCCAGCUUUACUUAAUUGUACAAGUAUUGAUUGGUUUACUGAAUGGAGUGAAACAUCGAUGGUUCAAGUAGCUGAUGUUUUUCUUGAAAUAGUUGAUUUAAAAAUUUUAUCAUCUAAUCAUGAACGUAUUGAUGAUAAAGAACUUCAUCAUCGAUUAGCACUUUGUUGUGUUUCAAUACAUGAAAUUGUUGUUGAAGCAGCCAAACGUUUCUAUGCUGCACAUAAACGACAUUAUUAUCUUACACCAUCAUCGUAUAUGGAUUUAAUGAAAGCUUUUGAUAAAAUGAUGACACAAACAAAACAAGAAUUUUUAACUAAUUAUAAUCGAUUAUCAACUGGUCUUUUGAAAUUAUCUGAUGCAAAUGCUAGUGUCAGUGUUAUGCGUGAUGAAUUAGCAUUACUUGGUCCACAGAUUGAUGAAAAAGAAAAAGAAAUUGAACAAUUAUUGAAUCAAUUACAAAAAGAUCAAAAAGCUGUACUUGAAGUUAAAGAAAUUGUUGAAAUUGAAGAACAAAAAAUACAUCAAGAUACCGAUAUGGUUGAACGAUAUGCCACACAAGCUGAACUUGAUCUUAAAAGUGUUGAACCAGUCUUAGAAGAAGCUAUGGCUGAUGUUUCACAACUUGAUAAAGCUGAUGUUGCUGAAGUUCGAGUUUAUCAAAGUCCACCUUAUGGAGUUAUGAUGGUCAUGUGUGCUGUAUGUGUUCUUUUAGAAUGUAAAUCAGAUUGGGCAACAGCUCGACAAGUCUUAGGUGAUUCAGGUUUUAUCAGUCGAUUAACUAAUCUUGAUAUAAAUAAUAUUUCGGAUCGAACAUAUCGAAAACUUUUACAAUAUUCUCGUAAUCCUGAAUUUACACCGGAUCUUAUUGGAAAAGUUUCAUCGGCAUGUCGAUCUAUUUGUAAAUGGGUUCUUGCUAUUCAACGUUAUUAUGAAGUAUAUCGAACAGUCAAACCAAAAGAAGAAAAAGUUAAAACAGCGAAUGAAGCAUUAUCUGUUAUGCAAAAAAGUCUAUCUCGAAAACAAGAGAUGCUUAAACUUGUUAAAGAUCAUUUACAAGAAUUAGAAGAUAAAUAUAAUAAUAGUGUUAAUGAAAAACAAGCAUUGUAUGCUCGACGUGAAUUAAUGAAACAACGUAUGUCAUGUGCACAUGAAUUAACCAAUGUAUUAGCUAUUGAAAAAGUUCGUUGGCAAGAACAAGUCACACAACUUGAACAACAAGUACGUUUAUUAAUUGGUGAUGCAUUAUUAUCAGCGUCAGCAAUUAAUUAUUUUGGACCAUUUAAUAGUGAAUUUCGACAUGAUCUUAUGCGAGAUUUUCAAAAAAUUCUUUCCGAUAAUCAAAUUAAUUUUUCUUCAAAUUAUAAAUUAUCAACAAUGUUAUCAACAACAAGUGAAAUAAGAAAUUGGAUUAGUCAAUUAUUACCAGAUGAUGAAUGUUCAAUUGAAAAUGCUGUUCUUGUUAAACAUUGUAUUAAAUGGCCGCUAUUAAUUGAUCCACAACGACAAGCAAUUCAAUGGAUUCGAACAAAAGAAACAGAAAAUAAUUUACGUGUUGUAUCUGCAGAUGAUACAACAUUAUUACGUGUAUGUGAACAAUGUAUUCGACUUGGUUUACCAUUAAUUAUUGAGGGUGUGGGUGAAACAAUUGAAUCAUCAUUAUUACCAUUACUUAAUCGUGAUAUAUUCAAUCAAAAGAAUUCAUCUAUGGGAACAAUACGUUUUAAUGAUAUUGAUAUUGAAUUUAAUCCAAAUUUUCGUGUUUAUUUUAUUACACAAUUAAAUAAUCCACAUUUUUUACCCGAUAUUUGUAUUCGUGUUACAUUAAUUAAUUUUACAAUAACACAAAAUGGUUUAGAACAUCAAUUAUUAAGUCUUGUCGUUUUAAAUGAAGAACCACAUUUAGAACAUGAACGUAAAUUAUUAUUAGAAACAUUAGCACAAGAUUUAAAAAGUUUACGAGAUUAUGAAGAUCGAACAUUAGAAAUGUUAACAUCAUCCGAACAGCAUUUACUUGAUCGGAAUGAUCUUAUUGAUAUAUUAACACGUGCAAAAAUUACUAGUGAUGAAAUAGCUAGUCGUGUUAGCGAAAAUGAAUCGAAUGAACGACAAAUUAAUAUAGCACGUGAAUGUUAUCUAUCAUUAGCAAAACGUGGUUCAUUACUUUAUUUUUUAAUAAAUUAUUUAUCACGUUUAAAUGUUAUGUAUCAAUUUUCAUUAACAUGGUUUCAACGUACAUUUCUAUCAUGUAUAUUAGAUCGUGAUACAACACGUCGUAUGAGUAUGACAAAUUUAGCACCUGAUGUCGAAACUGUACAACGUUAUAUGCAAAAACGAAGACGUAGUUCAGUUUUUAGUCUUCCUCUGCAAUCACCACGACGUAGUUUUAGUGAAGAAUCACCAGAUGAUACUGGACCACCACCAGUUCUAUCGAGAAUGAGACGUAAUACAAAACAUUUUAUACCAAUGGUUAAUCCACAACAACGUGCUGCGACACUUCGUAUUUUAGUUGAUCGUUUAACUUAUACAAUUUAUCAACUUGUAUCAUGGAGUCUUUUUGCUGAACAUCAAUUAUUAUUUUCAUUUUUAUUAACAACAGCAAUUGAACGUGAAGCAUACAAUGAGCGACAUAUAACUCGUAAUCCUGUUCCAUCGAAUAUUAUUCAUGAAGAUGAACAAGAAGAAAUCGUCGAUGAAAAUGAACAAAAAAUGAAAUUAUCAUUUAUAACACAAGAUGAAUGGACAUGUUUUAUGAGUCCACUUUUAAAUAAUGUAACGGAAGAUAAAUUAGUAUUUGUUAAUGAACAAUUAUCAUCUUUAUAUCCUAUUUGUUUAAAUUUAUUAAAUGAUACAGAUCAACAAUUUUUUAAACAUUCAAAUCCUUAUAUUUAUUUAACUCAACAUGAUGAUUAUUGUCAAUUAACUCGUUUUCGAUGUCUUUUAAUUAUAAAAAUUCUUCGUCCUGAUACUUUACUUCCAUCUAUUUCACAAUAUGUAAGUGAACAAAUGGGUAGUAAAUUUUUAUCAUCUGGUUUUGCUAAUAUACAAGAUAUAUAUGCACAUUCAUCACCACAAGCACCCAUUAUUUUAUUACUUUCUCCUGGUACUGAUCCCACUAGUCUACUUAUUCGUUUUGCACGAGAAACACGUGGAACUGCAGCACAUCUUGAUGUUAUUUCAUUAGGUCAAGGUCAAGGACCAAAAGUCGAAGAAGUCCUAUCAAAAGCAUUGACAUUAAAAGGCCGCUGGAUAUUUUUACAUAAUUGUCAUUUAAGUGCAUCAUUUAUGCCACGACUUCGAGUUCUUGUUAAUAAUUUUAAUAAACCCGGUCUUGAACUUGAUAGUCAAUUUCGAUUAUUUCUUUCAUCAAAACCUGAUGUUCAUUUUCCUCUUGAACUUUUACAACUUGGUCUUAAAAUGACCGUUGAAUGGCCACGAGGUUUAAAAAGUAGUCUUCUUCAAACUUUUGCACCAACUGGUAUUGUCAAUGAAAAAGUCUAUGAAAAAAAUACAUUAGGUCCAUAUUGGCGUCGUCUAGUAUUUAAUUUAGCAUUUUUUCAUGCUGUUAUUCAUGAACGUAAAAAAUUUGGAGCAUUAGGAUGGAAUUUAAGUUAUGAAUUUAAUCAAUCGGAUUUGGAAGUAGCUGUACUUGAAUUAGAAAGUCUUGUACGUCGUUCAAAAAAUCAAAUACCACCAUUUGAUGUAUUUUGUUAUCUUGCUGGUUCAGUUAUUUAUGGUGGUCGAGUUACAGAUGAAUUUGAUCGACGAAGAUUAUUACGUAUUAUUGAACGAUUUUAUUGUCCGGAAACAUUAAAAGAAGAUUAUUCAUAUGCAGGAGAUGAAACAUAUAAAGCACCAAGUUUAGAUUUAAAUUUUUCUGGUCUUCUUUCUUAUAUUAAUGCUUUACCUGAUUUUGAUGAUCCACGCGUAUUUGGUAUGCAUCCAAAUACAAAUCGUGCAUUAAUGUAUGUACAAGCAAAUGAAUUAGUGGAUAUGUUAGUCACAAUUGAACCACAAUAUCGAAUGAUGAUAUCAUUUGGGGCUUCAUCGGAUGGUGAUGCUGCUUGUAUGCAUAUUAUUGAUGAUAUUACAUCUAAAGUACCACGCUCGAUUGAAACCGGUUUUGGUGCAACAGGACGUCAUUUAAAAUUUGAAAAUGCAUUAUUAAAAAUUAAUACUAGAUUAGAAAAUAAAUAUCAUGCUUAUUCAGUAUUCUUCUCAUUAUUAAAACAAGAAAUUCGUACAUAUAAUGAAUUACUUGAAUUAAUUUAUUCAACAUGUGAUGAUUUACGUCGAGCACUUGUUGGUGAAACAGUUGUUAGUGAAAUUUUAGAAGAAACUCAACGUACAUUAUUAAUGCAUGAAGUACCAAUGAUUUGGAAAAGAAAAUCAUAUCCAUCAACAAAAUCACUUCGAGCAUGGAUUACUGAUCUUCUUGGACGAAUUACAUUUUUUAAAGAAUGGACUCAACAAGUCAUUAUUUAUGUUGAAGAUAAUAAAGUCUUAUCACCAUUACCAGCUAUAUUCAAUACGGCUGCAUUCUAUUAUCCCAAAGGACUUUUUUCGGCUAUACUUCAAAGUUCAGCUCGAUCAAUUGCAUUACCUAUUGAUCAAUUGAAAUUUACCUAUAAAGUACUUGAUAAUGAUGAAGAACGUCAACAAUUACAAUCAACAACGACUGCACAUGAUAUUUCGAAUGGUAUUAUUAUUGAUGGAAUCUAUUUAGAUGGUGCACAAUGGGAUUAUGAACAUCAUGAAAUUGUUGAUUGUACUAAUCAACAACGAAGUCAUCGUUUACCACCACUUCUUUGUAAACUCAUACCGAAAAAUAAUGAAACAAUUGAUUCAACGAAUGUUUACGAAUGUCCAGUAUAUCUAACAGCAUUACGAGCAGUGAGUGCUAAUGAAGCAGCAAAACAUCUUGUUAGUACAAUAACAAUACCAUGUUCAGAAACAGAAUCAUUUUGGACAACACGAUCCAUUGCUGGUAUUCUUGAAGUGAAUGAAUAA